AUGAGUACAGAUAGCCAGAAGAAGUCAAUCGAUGGCAUUCAGAGUCAUGAAGGGAGUAUUGUGGACCUUCCUCCGGACCCCGAUGCUCACCUUUCACCGGAAGAAAAGGUCGAAAUGGAUCGCCGCUUAGUGAGAAAACUCGAUUGGAUCCUAAUUCCAUGGCUCUGUGUUCUCUACCUUAUAGCCUUUCUCGACCGCAGCAGCAUUGGAAAUGCCAAGAUCGCCGGCCUCAGCGAUGACAUUGGAAUGUCAACUGCUGACUACAACGCCACUUUGACGAUCUUUUUUGUCUCUUAUUCCGUUUUUGAGCCCUUGACAAACGUCAUGCUCAAAAGAAUGAGGCCCUCAGUUUUUAUCCCUAUAAUCAUGUACGAGCGAAACUUCAGACAACCAAUAAUUUGGCUUAAAAAGGCUGACAAUGUCUCUAGGAUUGCGUGGGGUGCUUCCAUGACUGGGAUGGGUUUUGUUCACAACUGGUCAGGCCUGAUGGCGGCCCGCUGGUUCUUAGGUGUCACUGAGGCUGGGCUCUUUCCGGGAGUCAACUAUUACCUAUCCUGUUGGUACAAGCGUUCCGAGCUUGGGGUGAGAGCGGCUGUCUUUUUUUCGGCUGCAGCGCUCUCAGGGUCUUUCGGUGGUCUUCUGGCAGCCGCCAUCGAAAAGAUGGAUGGACUCGGCGACAUCGCUGGGUGGGGAUGGAUCUUCAUUCUGGAAGGUCUUCUCACUAUCGUUCUCGGAGUAGCCUCUUUCUGGCUAGUGCACGACUUCCCAGACAAGGCAAAGUUCCUAUCCGACGACGACCGUGCCCGAGUCAUCCGCCGACUCAAGCUCGAUCAGCAGUCCUCGGCUGAUCACGAGUCAUUUCAGAUGAGCUACUUCUGGGCCGCUAUUCGCGAUUGGAAGAUGUGGCUGGGUAUGCUUAUAUACAUGGGAUGUGAUAUGCCCCUGUACGCCUUCUCUUUGUUCCUCCCAAGCAUUAUCGCCAAUCUGGGCUGGAACACUAGUGUGAUCCGGUCCCAGCUUAUGUCGGUCCCCCCUUAUGCUGUGGCGACAGUAUUUACUGUCGCCAUUGGUCUACUUGCGGAUCGAACCAGAGCCAGAGGACUGUGCAAUAUUUGCAUAUCACUUUUCGGCGUGGCUGGAUUUGCAAUGUUGCUUGCGUCCGAGGAUCCUGCGGUUCAGUAUGCAGGUACCUUUCUUGCUGCCCUAGGAAUUUAUCCAUGUAUCGCCAACACAAUCAGCUGGGUGGCCAAUAAUGUCGAAGGCGUAUACAAGCGCGGCGUGGUGUUGGGCUUCGUCAUUGGCUGGGGAAAUCUCAACGGUGUGGUCAGCAGCAACAUCUACUUCAACAAGCCACGUUACCUCGAAGGUCAUGGCGUCGUCAUGGCUUAUUUGUUCUUCUUUCUCUUUGGAGGCUCUGUUCUCAUGUCGAUGUUAUUGCGGCGAGAGAAUGCAAAGAGACGCAGGGGAGAACGCAACCACUGGAUUGUGGGUUUGACUGACAAAGAAAUUGCAAGGCUGGGAGAUAUGCGACCGGAUUUCUUGUACACGGUUUGA